AUCAGUUUUGCAAUUGAUAAACUCAUAUAAAAUUUAAGCGGCCAAUUUUUAGGUUAAGACCGGCUCAUAAAAUUUGUUCGAAAUAACCUGGUUACUUUUUUUGGCGGCACCGUUCUAGAGAAAACAGUGCGGCCAACGCAGGUGUAACUCUAACCUAACUUCUGAAGCUUGACGUUUUUGGCUGUAGAGGCUGCCACCGUGCGAUUCGUUUUAUUUCUCUGGUUUCGUCAUACACGGCGCACGGCGCAUUCACGAGGACUUUUUGACGAAAUUGCAGAUAAAUCUUUCGUAAAAUGUUGCAGAACGUGGCGUCAUGCAGAAGGAAUUUAAAGGGAGCUGCGAGAUUGGUGCGAUCAGCGAGGAGCUUGAGAGAUGGCUCGAGGGAACGUGUGCUGUCGUCUACGCUUCCAUCGACGUCGGUGGAAUCGCUCAGUGUGCAAAUGCAGUCGUUUCGACUGUAUUCAAACCCAGCACGGCGGCCAAGCUUUCUGUCUCAAUUUGUCGAAAACAUCAAACAGGAGAUGCAGAAGAACAAGGAAAUGAAGGAAACGUUGAAAAAGUUCAGAGAAGAAACUCAGAAAUUUGAGCAAUCGGAGGCGUUGAAAUCAGCACGAGAAAAAUUUCAAGCUGUUGAAUCUGAAGCUAGCAAAGGUUCAGAAGUGAUAAAAGAAAAACUGGAUACGGUUAAAGAAAAGGUGCAAGAAGUUAUUGAGGAAGCAAGCAAGUCUGAAUUAGGUAAACGUGUUGGUCAAUUAGGCGAGGAAAUUACGAAAUCGGCUAAAGGUGCAGCAGAGACGAUUUCCGAAAAGAGCCAAGCACUUGGUAAGACGGGAGCAUUUCAAACGAUAUCGGAUACCGCGGAGGCCGUACGGAAUGAACUUGAUCAACAUGGAAUUCUAGGCAAAGUUUACGUUCCACCUAAAAAGCUAAGAAAGAGAAAAGAAGUGCCAAUAGAGCCUAGAGAAAUUAUGCCUGAUGAAAAGUCGAAACAUCUGGAAAUGCACAAGGAUUACAUGUUUUCCAAUGCUUGGCAAAAUUUUAAGGAUAAUAAUCCAUACGUAAAUAAGAUAAUGGAUUGGAAGAUAAAAUACGACGAAUCAGAUAAUGCCGUACUACGCGCUUCCAGAUUGCUUACGGAUAAAGUUUCGGACAUUAUAGGCGGACUGUUUCAAAAGACCGAGCUAUCGGAGACGCUUACCGAGAUCUGUAAACUGGAUCCUGCUUUUAGUAAAAUACAAUUCUUGAAGGAUUGUGAGACCGACUUCAUCCCGAAUAUUCUCGAGGCGAUGAUCAGAGGCAACCUUGAGAUCCUGAAGGAUUGGUGCCACGAAGGACCUUACAACAUAAUCGCACAACCGCACAAAGAAGUAAAAAAGUUAGGUCAUUAUUCAGAUAGUAAAAUUUUAGAUAUUGAUAAUGUGGAUCUAGUGAUGGGCAAGAUGAUGGAACAGGGACCGGUUCUAAUAAUUAGCUUUCAAUCUCAGCAAAUCAUGUGCGUGAGAAAUUCGAAGAACGAGGUGAUCGAGGGAGAUCCCCAGAAAGUGAUGCGCGUCAAUUAUGUCUGGGUAAUGUGUCGUGAUCGAACGGAACUCAAUCCCAAGGCUGCAUGGCGUUUACUCGAUCUCAGUGCCACCAGUACAGAGCAGUUGGUAUAGUGCGCGAACGAACAAAAUACAGAAACUGGAGUACUCGAAAGUUCACACGACUAAAUAGAAUCGUUGCGUAGUGGUGUCACUCGUGUACAUUGCCGUUAUCAUUUGCAUUAAGUGACCAAACGUGAUAAAAAUUUUUUAAUGAUCAUGUUAAAUGAUCUAGUGUAUAUGAUGCACAGCGUCUUUUCUGUUUGAAAUUGAAAUGUUUAUUUAUGUAUGCAAGGUUUUAGCAACGUAAUAUUUGUAAAUUUUAAUUAUACGUGAUGUAAGUACGUACAUGUUGCUAAGUUAUUACUUGCAAAAUAAUAUUAUUUAUAAAUCCAUCGAAAUCACAUUCUAUACGAUUUGCGAUAUGUAAUUUGCUAUUAUUUAUAAAAAAAACUGAUAAUUAAGAUAAUAUCUAUCGUGCGCAGAAACAUCGAAUAAUUUGAUUGCGUUUUACUGAUUAAUGUUAUAUAUUUUCUCUUUAACACACAAAAUUUUCAUGUUAUUUUAUUCUUUUAUAUAUAACUUUGUAAAAGCAUUGGACAUUUAGAAGAAUUUAUGUUGCAAAAUGAUAAAUAUUAAGAUGUAUUUUCAUAAAAUAUUCGCAUUGUUGAUUAUAUAAAUAGCAAAUUUUGCAUUGACAGUAAAUUGAAGACAAGGUUGUAUUGCACGAUUAAAAUUUGACAUUUUCUUUAUGUUAAAAUCAAUAACGUAAAGAUCUCAAAAACUAAAACUGUUCUUCCCAUCAUGUUAAAAAUAUGACGAUUCUGUACAGCACGAGAUACGAUGGAUAUAUCUAAUAUUAGUUGGAAGUAUAUUCAAAUACAUCUGUAAUGAAAUUAUAUAUAUGAAUGUACAUAUGUAUGUACAAGCUGAUAUUAACAAAUGAUUAUAGUGUACAAUGAUGAAAUUAUAGAGAACUGUUAAUUAUUU